AUGUUAGGAAGAGUUGCAGGCUACUCAGGCUUUGACUCAUUCAAUGUCACAGCUGUCACCACUACCAAACCAGGACAGACAGGAAUCACCAGAGAUUAUUAUAAGGAUGCGAACAAGGUCAAACCUACUGGAAGUGCUUACAUGGGAGGAUAUAACAGAUUUGGAUCAAACCACCAGAUUACUCUAGACAAGACCGUCAAGCCCACUGAUUAUAAAAGAGUCAGCAGAGGGGGCAAGCAGAAUUUGAAAUAUGAGUUCCUCCAUCAACCCGAGUUAUAUAAAUAUACAAAAGAGGGAAAGCAAUCUCAGACUCCUUCUAAUAUAGGUGCAACUUCUACAAAACUUCAAAGGAGUGGAGCCAACAAUGUUGGAAUUAGAUCGCCUUCUGAGCCUGCUUUGGCAACCAAGAACACUGAAAUGUAUAAAACUACUAAGCAUUGGCAGAGUAAUUACAAGAUGGACAAUGAGAAGGCAAUGGCAAGACCGAAUUCCCAAGCCCAAAGACCAUUUUGGUCCUAUCCAAAGCACCAUCAUGUAGCUAGAAGAAGCUUUUAUAAGACCGAGAAUCAGAAUAAAUUCGGAACUUAUGGGCAUAUUCCCAGAAAAGUUCUUGACCAUAACGCUACUAAGCUCGAAAAUGAAGUAAGUGAGCUAACAAUGGGUACUACAAAGGUAACCAGCCACAUCCCAGGUUAUGGAGGUUUCCUCGUUAGAACCGAUCUAAACGACAAAGCUCUUUCUCAGACGAAGAACAACUUGACUAGGAACUUAAUGCAGAAUAAAACCAAUCUGAAUGAGAACUUCAAUGUGAAACUUCCAGGUUAUUCUGGUUACAAGCCCAUGAGCUUCACUAAUGAGAAGGGAAACCCAAGACCCAACUUAUUCUCCACUAAUGGCGAGACUUUCUCUUAG